AUGAUGUCCAUGAACAGCAAGCAGCCCUUCGGCAUGCACCCCAUCUUGCACGAACCCAAAUACACGACUCUGCACUCGAGUACCGAGGCCAUCAGGAGAGCGUGCCUGCCCACUCCUCCGUUACAAGGCAAUAUCUUCACCGGAUUCGACGAGACGUUGCUGUCCCGAGCCGAAGCCCUGGCAGCUGUGGAUAUUGUAUCGCAGAAAAGCCACCCGUUCAAGCCAGAUGUCACCUACCACACCAUGACCAGUGUGUCCUGCACACCUACCUCCUCGUCUGUGCACCUGCCCCAUCCAUCGGUGCUGACCUCUCACCCACACCAUCACCAUCACCACCACCAGCCAGCCCAAGGCCUGGAUGGGGAGCUGCUGGACCACCUGAACCCUGGCCUGUCCCUGAGUGGGAUGGCCGGGCCUGAGGUCGGCUCCACACCAUCACACGCCCAUGCCCACAUGCCCGGGAUGAACCACAUGUCCCACCACCCGCACCACCACCACCAACCGAUGAACAUUUCCCAUUCGCACGCCCUGUCCGCCCACAUGGGCCUGGGCGCGAACGAGGGCGAGGCCGACCCCCGGGAGCUGGAGUCGUUUGCAGAGAGAUUCAAGCAGCGGAGGAUCAAGCUCGGGGUGACACAGGCCGACGUCGGCUCGGCCUUGGCCAACCUGAAGAUCCCAGGGGUGGGCUGUUUAAGUCAAAGCACAAUCUGCAGGUUUGAAUCGUUGACUCUGUCGCACAAUAACAUGAUUGCGCUCAAGCCCAUCCUGGAAGCUUGGCUGGACGAAGCCGAGAGGGCUCAGAGGGAGAAAAUGACCAAACCCGAGCUCUUCAGCGGAGGGGACAGGAAGCGCAAGCGGACCUCCAUCGCAGCCCCGGAGAAGCGCUCCCUCGAAGCUUACUUCGCCGUCCAGCCCCGUCCUUCGUCCGAGAAGAUCGCAGCAAUUGCAGAGAAAUUGGACCUGAAAAAGAAUGUGGUGAGAGUGUGGUUUUGCAAUCAGAGACAGAAACAAAAGAGGAUGAAAUUUUCUGCCACGCAUUAA